UGAAGUCGGACUGCUCCGUGAGCGAAGGGUGGAAUUCUCUCGCGUUAGACGCUUGUUCGAUUAAUUUGAUCGCAGAAGUUUUAUUUUAUCUUCUUAAAGUUUCAACGGAAAGACAGGACUUUGGAUACUCAGCGCUUGAAAUUUCAGUCAUUUUUCUUAUUCCAAUAAACUCCUACAUUCGAACUGGGAGUUGAAUAUAAGAAACACACAUUCCAUAGAUCAUACUUCGACAACUAAAUAUUAAUGGUAAUUAGUGGAUUACAGUUAAAACUGCAAACUGAUAAACAACACCGAGGGUAACCGAAAACCUACAUCUUUUAUAAAACUCCUAAGUUUCCGAUUAAGAAGAAACUUAAUUUAAAGAACUUAGUGAGUUUUCGUAACACAGAAAAUCCCAGUUAAUUCACCAUAUAACUCCUUACACAAGCGUUCGCCGGCAAUAUGAUCUACAGGCACACAAUUUAGAAACGCGACAUGAUAUGUGAAAUUUCGGAGACCUCAAGACCUUAAAGAAAAUUCGGGCACAGGAAGUUUGGAAUCCAUCGCCAUUUCCCUCAAGAUGUGGCUAAGACGGGCUGGUCGAUGGUCAAAGCUAAGAACAGUGACCUUAUUUAAGGUUCAACCGAGUGCUGCCUGAAGGAAUGGAGUCACAAAUCAUGAGGACCCACCAAGGAUCAAGUGAGCGGUUUGUAUCAAGUCAGCCCUGCCCCAGAGGAGGAGGAGCAUGCAGCAAAUACAGCAGCAGCAGCAGAAGAGGAAGCAGCAGCAGCAGUAAGCAGGGUCUAAUGGCAUGGUUACUAGUAUGACGUCAUCUACCUCCCUGUUUAUCACCUUGCCAUGGAAUCUAAGGUUAUUAUUCCGCCUACUCUACCCACGUAUGGUCAUUCUACCGUCUACAUCUACCCUACAGUUUCACCACGAGUGGUGGUCGUGCCUAUCCUGACCUGUAUCUUCGGAUUCCCAGUACUGGUACUCUUAAUCAUCUGCGCCCUCAGAUACAGAGCAAGGCGGGCGAGAACCUCUGCUAAGAAGACCCACAUGCGGCGAGACCCAUCUAUGCUGGAGCUGGCUUCUGGACCAUCUAUCUUAGCCAGCAGGUGUAACAAUGACAAAGAGCCGAGAACGAGUUUCAAAAAGAAGAAAACUCUCGUCAGGUUCAAACCAAUGCCGGAGAUCGACCUCGACACUGUGGUCGAAGAGAAGUCAGAAUUCGACGCUGAGGUGACGGCAUCCGACCUCUUAACAACUCCCGAGGAAUUUGUGAUACCCGAAGAGGAAACCCCCGCAGCAUCCUUCAGAGCCUACAGGUACAUGGGGCCGCCACAAACAACCAAUGUCCCCGUGGCCCCCCUCAAUAAUGUCGGAGAGGAAAUGGACAGCAACGUCGACUAUGAUUUCGAUGACGAAAACGAAGACGAAACAGUCGAUCAGUUCGAAAGGCAGGACUCACAACGCCAGAACCGCAAGAGAUUCCCUUUGCAAAGGAGCGAAAGCCGCGUCGACGGGAGUAGCGGGAGCAGCGACAGCGACACCACGGCUGUCUGCUUCUCUCUAUCGCCCAAACAGGUGACCAAGUCCCCGACGGCGAUGCAUUUGGCCCUCAAAAAGUUAGAUGGGGUGAUGAACAGGCGGCACUCGAGCCCGGUCAAGAUCAAUUAUGGAGCGAACAGACAACACAGAGGUUCUGGUAGGGUAAAUUAUAGUUAUUCCAAAGAAGAAGAACCUGUCGUUAAGGAGAAAGAAAAGGAAAAGGAAAAGGAAAAAGAAAAAGAAAAAGAAAAGGAAAAAGAAAUUAAAAAAGACAAAGCAGCUGAACAGCUAAAGAUCGCGAUUGACUACAUUGACCGGGAACUCAUGCCUGACAUUUCAACCCGCUCGUACUCCGUCAGGAAUCCCUCGAGGAAGUCGCAGUCUUUCUGCUCCAAACGUCGAGGAGAAUCCUUCAAGGUCAAGAAGCAGAAUCUUUCGCGGAGUAUAUCUCACAAACUCAGCUCUUCCCAAGAGAACGUCAAGAAACCCGACUUGAUUGAGAUGAACGAAUGCAGUUCUCGAAAGCCUUUGGGUAAAUCGUUGUCUGUAGGGGCACCAAGGAGCUCCGUGUACAGCAGCAUCUCUCAUAGCGAGCUGCGCACUUUGGACGAAAACAGCGAGAGCCCCAACAGCAUCACCAGCAAAGAAUCCGAGUCGGUCAGUGGCAAAGACCUUCGAAUUGAGUUGGACCCAAAGGCCAUCUGUGGUGCUAUUAGUCUCACCAAUGGCAAUGGAACUGAAGGACCGAACAUCAUCACCACCCACUUUGACAAAGCUACUUCGCGUUCGGCAGUAUCGUCGUCAACUCACAAUCGCUCGUGGAGCUGCUCGAUAACUGUACAGAGUGAAGAAGACGAUCCCGAUCAUCCUAAUACUGGCGUGGUGGUAAUAGGUGGAGACAGAGGGGCAGAGGAGCAAGGCGAUCUUAGGCCGGUGAGAAAAGCAUGGCCGGACAACCGGUUAGGUGAUCCUUGCCCAGUAUUGCCUCUCAAGUCUCCCGAAAGACUCAUAGGAAGCGUUGGGUUUGACAGAGCAAGACCCACGAGUAAUGAGAGACAAUACCAAAAUAUCAUAAAUGAUUAUGCAAUGAAAUACAGACAAGAAGAAAAUAAAUUCAAGAGUCAUUGCCAGACCUGCUCAGUCAGUGUUGAGAGUGACGACGAAAGAAGUACUCUGGUGUGAUUUCUGAGCAAAGGAAUAUAUAUGCUAAAAUUACAGUUUGUUCCACUUUACCUUUUAAAGCAUUAUAGUUCUAUUUCUGUCUUUUUGUUUACCUAUUUCUAGUUUCCCUCUCAGUGAGUUAACAAGCAAUGCCAUGCAACUACUUUAAUUUCUUAUUUUUUUUAUUAUGAAUAAUUCAGUCGCAAUUCACAUGAUCUCUCACUGAAAUUCCUGGGAUUACCAUUUCAUUAAAUUCUGACUCGUGUCUCUCUCCUACUUCCAAAUAACUGUAAUGAAAGGAAAAAAAGAAUAAAAGAUGCUUUUUUGAAAAUGGUGCUUCAACAAAAUAAUGUUAUAUGUCGUGACAAGUGUCAAGCAGAUUUGCGUUGUUCUCAAAGACUAAGUAAAUUGCCGAAACUUAAUAUCACCUCGGUGUGUUCUGAUCAAUGUCAAUAUGGAGACCAACGCAACGGUGACCUACAGGACGUCACUAAAGGUCGCAUUCCUUUUCAGAGGGAGAUCUUUGGUCCUUUUCCGGUGCAUUGUAAGUAGAAUCCUACAUCAGGAUGUAGACUUUUUUAUACAGGAAAUAUUAAGUGCUUGUGGGAAAGGUUGCAAUUUUUCUCCCUUUUGUAACGUUUUUAUUUUGCCAUACUUUCACUUUUGUCAUACGUGUCAUAGAAAUUUGUAAGCAAACUAUGUAUUGUGACAUUAUAUAUGAUUUAGAAAGAUAUGAAAAAUUACUAAUAAUGAGGAAAAAGCAUUAAAGAAAAUACUAUUUACUACCGGUUCCCGUAGCAGGAUAUACUUCUAAGCGAAUAAUUGUAUUGUCGAUAAAUUACACUAAUUUUUGUAAUUGUAAUUAACAUUAAAUUAAGAACUUUAUUCGCUGGGUAGCACGUAAUGGUGCUUCUAUUUGGGACGAAUCGUCCUCACAAACACUCUUACUAUUAGUUUAUUUUCAUAAAGAUUGGGGUCAAGCUUUUGCCCAGGAUGCCAAGAGCCCCUGACAUCCUGGGUCAAGGGCCAUUAAUUUCAAUUACUCUAAAAAGAAAGGGAAAUUGUAUCUAUUCUGAAAUGACUGAAUAAGUUCUCAUCAUAGGAAUAACACAUGUGCAUUUCAUACAUGCAUUCCUAUUAUUUGUGUCUAUACAUACAAACUUAUAUUGUACAUAAAUAGAUAUAUAAAGAGGAAUAUACUUCCAAUACUUCACUAUAGGACUGUAUGCUGUUUGUGUAAAUUAUAAGAUGAAAAAUGGUAAAUUUACGAGAAAUUUUUGAAUAAUCUUUUAGCAACUGUAAUGUUUAUUUCAAAUAACCAGCACUUGAAACCAAGACACUCUAAAUUUAUGCAUUACAGUAAAUCACUAUGAAAUCGCAGUUUGGGAAAUUAUGUAAAUACAAAAAUCUGAUGGGUGUAACUGUAAGUCAUUCUUUCACAUGAAGAGGAAUGAAGAUAAAAGAUGAUGUAUAAAUAAUUCUCUCCAGUUCAUAUUAUUAUAAAAAAUAGGUGUCUGACGUUUGUCUGCAAACGGUAUUUAAGAAGUGUAUGUAACCAUAAGAGAAUGAUUAAAUUAUUUAUUGCCGUGAAGUUUUC